AUGACCUAGAUAAGGAAUGCUUGUAAUAGGAUUUAUUAAAAGGCUAAAUCAACUAUCUUUAAAGCGUUUUUUGGUUUUGAAAAUGAGUUUGUGAACUACAUUUUACUUCAUUAACCUAUGGAUACAGCUAUUUUGUCUGUACAAUGCAUACAAGUGAAAUAACAGCGUGAAAUAAAAAUGUCACGAAUUCUGGUUGGCUUUGGAUACGGCGUUCUCUUCAGGGAACACGUCCCAAUAGGCUGAUUUCAACUCCCAAUGGUGUUUGUUGUCGAGGUUGGAUAUCACGCAGAAAUGAAGUGACGUUUGUUGUCGAGGUUGGAUAUCACGCAGAAAUGAAGUGACGUUUGUUGUCGAGGUUGGAUAUCAUGCAGAAAUGAAGUGACGUUUGUUGUCGAGGUUGGAUAUCAUGCAGAAAUGAAGUGACGAUUGUUGUCGAGGUUGGAUAUCACGCAGAAAUGAAGUGACAUUUGUUGUCUAGGUUGGAUAUCAUGCAGAAAUAAAGUGACGUUUGUUGUUGAGGUUGGAUAUCACACAGAAAUGAAGUGACAUUUGUUGUCGAGGUUGGAUAUCAUGCAGAAAUGAAGUGACGUUUGUUGUCGAGGUUGGAUAUCACACAGAAAUGAAGUGAUGUUUGUUGUCGAGGUUGGAUAUCAUGCAGAAAUGAAAUGAAAAGAAAUGUUGACUGCCGCCAUUACUGCAUAAAAACGAAACCAAUUGAGUGUCCAUAAUAUUAAAGCCGCAUAAAAUGCUUUUUUCAAUGAUAAACUUGUGUUUAUUUAUUAUUGCUCAAGGGGAGAAAGAAUAUUUAAGCAACUACACAGAUGCAAAAGUGAGCUGUCACAAUCGCGGAGGUCUCAUAACACAAAAAUUGCUUACAUUCGAUGGAUUAAUCAACACCACUUGUGAACUUGCUGUAAACAACAGUGUGUUAAAGGACGGGGAAACUGUAUGGGUACAAGGACAUGCUCAAUCUGGACCCUACAUAGCUCUCCAUACUUGCAUGAAGUUUAGCAACCAAGAUAUAAACAUUUUUGUAGCAAACAGGAGAUUUUAUUCUAACAUCCUUUACGAAUGCAGCGUGUUCUGUGAUCAGAUUUCACACUCCACAGGUUUUCUAGGGAUUUACAAAGUUACAUGUUUCUGCUUGUCUGAUUCAUUUAGAUUUCCACACACACCAGAAUGUCUUGAAAAUGAUUUUAUGGACAUACACAAGGGGAUAAUCGUUUUCAGAUUGAUGCGAAAACUGUUGUUGAAUGUACAAUCAAAAUCUGCAAAUUUCAACUGCCUUGGGGCUACGUUUCAGGAAAGUGGAAAAAUAUCGUACUUUAACACUAAAUGUACAUCUACUUUAUAUAGCAUAUGCACACAACGUGUUGAUAGUGAUCUUAGUAACAAAUGUCUACCUAGGUUAAGAGAUCUUUGUAUCAACAAAGAAAAUAGUACAUUCCUUGACCAUUACCGAAAUUGUUUGCUUUACAAUGGAACCCUUAUGCCGUUUAUUUCAGGCAUUACAGAAUCUUUUAGUUUUUCAGUAAUGCUUGGCAGUUUUCGAGCUUUCAAAGCUAUUGAGGAGGAUGGCGAAAACAAUGGCAGUGUUACCUUUUCAUGUUUAUCAAUCACUCAGUUCAAUGGAACCAUAUAUCUGGAGACAGAAAACUGUUUGAAUGAAAAUGCAUUAAUUUGUAUGGAUGAUUUAAGAAAUGCGUCUAAACAAGUAGAAUCUGAGACAACAGAUGGUACAACCACAAAUAUUGUGCCCAUUUAUAUUAUUAUUAUUAUUAUUAUUAUUAUUAUAAUUCUAAUGCUGGUAAUUGCUGUGGCAAUACUGCUAUGGUUGCGGCUGCGAAAAAAUACAGAGCUAGAGACUAAAAAGAAAGGCAGACAACAUCAAAAGGCUAAGACGCCGGUUGGCAAGGGACGUCUACCGUUUAUUUCAAAAGAAGGUGUUAGUUUGGAAAAGGAAGAAGUCGAACUACAAAAAGUAGAAUGUAACCAAGAACGAGUGUCUCUCAGAAGCAUAACGAUCUAAAAAUACUUACAGUCAUAAACAACAACCCAAACCUUCCCUAAACUUGCCACCAACUUCCACCAAAUGCCAUGGAUUUGGGUGCCAUUUGGUGGAAAAUGGGUGGCACUUGGUGGAAAAUGGGUGGCACUUGGUGGAAAAUCAUGAAUUUCACCAACUGCCAUGAAAUUUCCACCCAACUGGAGGUGGCACUUGGUGAAAAAGUUGGACUUAGUUAAUUUUUCAUAUGGUAGUUGGUGAAAAACUGAACUUAAAUAGUUAAUUUUUUGGGUGGCAUUUGGUGAAAUAGACUUUGAAAAUCUCAAGAGUUCUGUAAGAUGGAACUCAGCAGAAUUCACCAAUAAUUAUCAUCAUGGAAUUAGAAUAGCAUUCAGUUGCUGUUCAUGCUGCUGUUUUAGCAUCAUUACAUAAUUAUGCUACUAUUUAAAACUAACUGAUAAUACUACUUUUGGGGAUUUCUUCCACUACUACUAUAACUAUAGUCCCACUACUCUUCACCAUGUUGCUGGUUCUAUAGAUGAUGAUUAUGAUAAUGGUGGUUCUAUUGAUGAUGAUUAUGAUGUUCAGGUGGUUCUAUUGGUGAUGAUUAUGAUGUUGGUGGUGGUAGUGAUUAUGAUGAUUGUGGUGGUGGUGAUUAUGAUGAUUGUGGUGGUGGUGGUGGUGAUUAUGAUGAUUGUGGUGGUGGUGGUGGUGGUGGUGGAAGUGGUGAUUAUGAUGAUGGUGGUGAUGAUGAUUGUGGUGGUGGUUGUGGUGAUCAUGAUGAUUGUGGUGGCGGUGGUGGUGGUGAUUAUGAUGUUGGUGGUGAUGAUUGAGGUGGUGGUGGUGGUGGUGAUGAUUGAGGUGGUGGUGGUGGUGGUGAUUAUGAUGAUUGUGGUGGUGGUGAUGGUGAUCAUGAUGCUUGUGGUGGUGGUGGUGGUGAUUAUGAUUAUUGUGGUGGUGGUGAUGGUGAUUAUGAUGAUUGUGGUGGUGGUUAUGAUGGUGGUGGUGUUGUUGGUGAUUAUGAUGAUGGUGGUGGUGGUGGUGAUUAUGAUGAUUGUGGUGGUGGUGAUCAUGAUGAUUGUGGUGGUGGUGACAACAAUAACAACAACAACAACACCAUGUUGUUGAUGAUGAUGAUGAUGAUGAUGAUGAUAACAACAGCAAUGUGAUGAUGAUUAUCAUGAUAAUGAUGAGUCAAACUCUGUUUUCUAUUACAUGUGCUCUGUUGCUAUUUCCCCAAAGGUACAGGGAUCCCAUAAAUGUUUGAUUUAAACUCAGAAUGACCUCUCGGCAGGAAAAUCUCCUCAAAAUAUUUGAUUCUUUUGACAGUUACUAGCAUUUGUGGAACAUUGAAUAGUGAGAACAAUUUGUGCAGUUGUGUUUAAUUAAAUUGACUGAUUAAAAGGUAACUGUUUUUUAUCAUAUUAACAAACAAAUAAAAUCAGGACUUAUCAUAUAUAUAUUUUUUUACACAUAUUAGGCUCUUUGCCUUUGUUUAAUGUUUGACUAAGAGAUUUAUAAGCUUUAUGCAUGUACUGUCAAGUAUGUUUCACUUUUUUCAAAAAUAAUUGACAAAUACUCAUUGUAGGAAUUCAUGUACUAAGUUUAAAAAGUAUCAUUCAAUUUGUACAAUGAAGUUGAAGAUGUAUAAAGAAAUGAUAUAAAUUCAUGAAAUACACAUUUUUUUCAGACAAACCCCCCCAUAAAGAUGACAAUGUACCUGGACAAGAUUUUAAGACCUUUUUG